AUGACUGCGGCCGCCGCCUCCAACUGGGGCCUGAUCACCAACAUAGUGAACAGCAUAGUAGGGGUCAGUGUCCUCACCAUGCCCUUCUGCUUCAAACAGUGUGGCAUCGUCCUGGGGGCCCUGCUCUUGGUUUUCUGUUCGUGGAUGACACACCAGUCCUGCAUGUUCUUGGUGAAAUCUGCCAGCCUGAGCAAACGGAGAACCUACGCUGGCCUGGCGUUGCACGCCUACGGAAAAGCAGGGAAGAUGCUGGUGGAGACCAGCAUGAUCGGGCUGAUGCUGGGAACUUGUGCUGCCUUCUACGUUGUGAUUGGCGACUUGGGGUCCAACUUCUUUGCUCGGCUGUUUGGGUUUCAGGUGACCGGCACCUUCCGUGUGCUCCUGCUCUUCGUGGUGUCCCUGUGCAUUGUGCUCCCACUCAGCCUGCAGAGGAACAUGAUGGCCUCCAUCCAGUCCUUCAGCGCCAUGGCCCUCAUCUUCUACACCGUCUUCAUGUUUGUGAUUGUGCUCUCCUCUCUCAAGCACGGCCUCUUUGGGGGGCAGUGGCUGCAGCGGGUCAGCUACAUCCGCUGGGAGGGCAUCUUCCGCUGCAUCCCCAUCUUUGGCAUGUCUUUUGCCUGCCAGUCCCAGGUUCUGCCCACCUACGACAGCCUGGAUGAGCCGUCAGUGAAAACCAUGAGCUCCAUAUUUGCCUCCUCCCUCAACGUGGUCACUACUUUCUACGUCACGGUGGGGUUUUUUGGCUAUGUGAGCUUCACUGAGGCCAUCGUGGGCAAUGUGCUGAUGCACUUCCCCUCCAACCUGGUGACCGAGAUGAUCCGAGUGGGCUUCAUGAUGUCGGUGGCCGUGGGCUUCCCCAUGAUGAUCCUGCCCUGCAGACAGGCCUUGAACACGCUGCUUUUCGAGCAGCAGCAAAAAGAUGGAACCUUUGCCGCUGGAGGCUACAUGACCCCUCUGCGGUUUAAAGUGCUCACUCUCUCAAUUGUGUUUGGAACCAUGGUUGGUGGAAUCCUGAUCCCAAACGUGGAGACAAUCCUGGGCCUCACCGGUGCGACGAUGGGAAGCCUCAUCUGCUUCAUCUGCCCGGCUCUGAUCUAUAAGAAAAUCCACAAGAACGCCCUUUCCUCCCAGGUAGUACUCUGGGUCGGCGUGGGCAUCCUGGUGGUCAGCACAUACAUCACCCUGUCCGUGAGCGAGGAGACCCCCAUGGACUUGGCAAAGGAAGCCCCCGGCGGCCAGCUUGGAGAGGCUGAGGGCGCGAUGAAGGUAGAGGCUGCCCGGCUCCCAGGCCAGAAUCCGGUUGUAGACGUGGCUGGGGAUGGCCGAGAGAAGCCGAAGCUGCCAAAUGAGAAAGAUGAGAUGGAGCAGGCCCAGAUUAAAGGCCCCGUGAACAUGCCCGAGAGGGAAGACGCCGAGGAGAAGCAGGAGGAAGUGCAGCUGGAUCGGCCUGGUCAAGGUGUUGCAGUACCUAUGGGUGAGGCCCACCGCCAUGAACCCCCCGUCCCUCACGACAAGGUGGUGGUGGAUGAAGGUCAAGACCAAGAAGGACCAGAAAAGGAACAUCCGUCCAAACACAUGAAUGAAAAGGCUCCUGGGGGCAGGGGUCAGAUGGAGCCUCCUCUGCCGGAUUCAGAAAGAGAGAGACCUGGGCAGGACCAGGCCUUGGAGGCAGUGGGCGGUCUUCCUGAAGAUCCCCAGAAGGUUCCAGAAGAAAUCAGCCAGCCAGCCAUCAAGCCUGUGAAGAAGGAGCUGGGGCCAGGCGAUAGGGGCGUGCACCCCGAGAAGCAGGACGCCCUGGUGGCAGGUGCCAGAGAAAGAGUAGAUGGUGUCCCACUGCCAGGCCACGCCGCAGGGGCCGUGGGCCAGCCGGCGGAGAAGAGCGAGGCUGGUGGGAAGGCUCCCCUCCUGGCUGGCGCUGGGCCACAGGCCGAGCUGCGAGAGCAGAGGAACGUGGAGGGGCAGGGUGGAGACCACGCUGGCAGCAAGUUGGAGGAAGCUGGCAGGGCGGAGAUGCUGGACCACGCUGUCCUGUUGCAAGUGAUUAAAGAACAGCAGGUGCAGCAGAAGCGCCUGCUGGACCAGCAGGAGAAGCUGCUUGCAGUAAUCGAAGAGCAGCACAAGGAGAUCCACCAGCAGAGGCAGGACGGCGAGGAGGUGGACAUGCAGCCUGAGCCUGGGCUGGCCGCUCUCAGAGGUAAGGAGCAGGAGGCCCACGAUGGAGGGAUGGCAGAGCGUGCCCCUUUGCAGCCUCUGGACCCUGUACUUGGAGCUCCGGGGCACAGCCAGCACUCUGUGGAGGAGCCCAAGGGGGCAGCAGGCAAAGCCCCAGCUGGUUCUCCUGGCGGCGGGGGUGCUGACAAGGAGCCCCAGGCAGCCCAGGCUGAGCUGAGGGAAGGUUGGCAGGGUGCUGUGCCCGAGGCGGCUGGCGCUGGUGUGCAGGAGCGGGUCCCUGUGCCAGAUGUUGCCAGGGCACCUGGGAGCCCAGAGAAGCGUGACGCUGGGGAAUUCCCCAGGCAGAGUCGGGAUGUUUUUGACGGAGGCUCCCAAGAAAGGAAGAAAUCUGGAAAGGAGGUGGCAGCUGCUGGCGCCAACAUUCAAGAGGCAGACGCGCUGGGGGCAGGGGCAGAGAUUAGGGACCCUCACAUGAAGCCCCAACAAGUGAGCCGAGACUGGGGACCUGCAGGCCUGUCCAGCAGGUCGGGAGGAGCAGCCCCUCCGGCCCAGGCUGAGUUACGUCAGCCGGAACACCGGGCUGUCUCUGCUGGGGCUCACAGUAUGCAACAGGGCGCUCACCCAGAGGCGGGAAAAAAGACCCUCGGUGGGGACCAUCAUCUCGGGGAGGAUGCUGCUGUCCAAGAGCCUGAGCAGAGGCCGGACCCUGACCUGGGGCCCAAACUGGCCGUCCCCGGGGCUCAGAAGCCAGACAAUGCCAAACCCAACCGAGACCUGAAAGUCCAGGCCGGCUCUGACCUUCGGAGGAGACGGCGGGAUGUGGCUCCUCUUGCAGAGGUGGGGCCAGCCUCAAAGGAUGGGGUCAUCAUUAGCUUUAACCCCCUGCCCGAUGUGCCAGUCAACGACCUCCGCAGUGCCCUGGAGACCCAGCUCCACCAGGCCGCAGGGGGUGCUUUGCGAGUGGUCCACAGCCGCCAGAUCAAACAGUUGCCCCAGGCCCUGGAGGAGCCCUGAGCACCCACUAAUGGCUGCUGUCCUUCUGGUCAGCUGGUCUCACCUGGCGUGCCCAGGCCAUCAGCAAACCUGGACCACGGUGAGCACUGAAUUCUGGAGGUCACACUCUGAGUGGAAGUCUGAAAGACCUCUAGCUGCGGCAUCAUUUUCCAGAAUGGUCUUUGCCAUCACUGUGGCACUUCUUUAACUUCUCCAGGUGACUGAGCUCACCACGGCCAAGAGAAACGGCCACUCGCUAAGACUCUGAGGAGAUGUGUCGUCUGUGUAGGGCCUUGAGGUCUGUGACCCACCACCUCUGCUUUCUCUUAGAGACAGGUGGGUCCUGUGCAGCCGUGGGAGUGGCCGCCGUCUAACUGAACGGGAUCGUGUGAUUGAGGUGUCAGUGCCCUCAA